GCAAAUUAUUUGAAGUUGAAAAAUCAUAAAAUUUUUUGUGUUUAUAACUAAGGAUUAAAAAUACAACACUAAGUUUUCCAUAAGUUUACCUUCAAGUAUCUAUAGAGAAAACUCAAAGCAUCAUUAUAGGAAAAAUUUUAAGUGCGUUUGAAUUUUAAAUUUUAACGAAAUAGCGUAACGAUAACGAUUUAUCCUCAAACGAUUUAAAAUAUUUGUUAUUAUUCAAAAGGUAUAAGUCGUAGAUACUUGAAAAUUUUACCAGUUAUUAAGAUUUGCGUUUUCUUUACGUGAUUUAAUUUUCAAAGUAUUUUGACUUUUUUUGAGCUAUUUAUAGCUUCUCCAGUGCUUUUUUGUACGUUUAAAAAUAAAUAUUUACAGAAAAUUAUACCUAGUUGAAUAUCUAGAUAUCAGUCAUGUAAAGAUAUAAAUCGAUAAACGACAGUGUAAUUUAAAGUUGUUAUAGAUUCGUACCGCGAUCGUGACAGCUCCAAACACAAACGACGAAAAACACGUAUACGCACGGCCUUUAAGAGACGCGAGCUACGCAAACAACGAAGUGAAAAGCGUUCGGAAAAAUUGAAAAAUCCGGCGAAAAUUGUAAAAAUUGUUUUCAAAACUCGUGUUAUUAACUAGAGGAGAACUAUUCGUUUCGAUAACGACGCGGCCACGGAGCUCAGAAAACAGCGAUCAGAAAAAAAUCUAAUUUUCUAAUUGGCGUUCCUUAUUUGCUGCAUCGCCAACGUCGCGAAUUCCUUCACAUUUUAUUAUAUAAGGAUAAAGGAGAAGAUUAAUUUUAUGGAUAAAUAUAACUUAUAAAUAAAUUAAACUACUUAUUUAUUUUAUUUUAUUAUUUUUAAUAAUAAUAAUAAUAUAAUAGAUACUUACUAUAAUAUUUAUUUUUUCAUCUAUGUUUAUAGUUUGAUUAUAUUUUAUUUCGUCGUCCUGGACUACGUUAUAGGAAUAUCAACAAAAUAAAUAUUAUUUAUUUCACUGUGUUUAAUUAGUUCACUUUAUAACAAUAUUCGUUUUCUGUCGUAUUUUGUUUUUGAAUCUGUAACAAGUAUGUGGUUCAAUAACAUGAUAUCCAAUAACUGGAAAAUGAGUAUUGCCAUUGGUGGUAUUGCGGUGGGCUUUGCGGGCUUGGCUGCUGCUUACAAUAAACUGUACAAUAAUGAGAAUCGUCAAGUUAAAUAUGAAAUCAUACCAAUAUACAAAAAAAAACUUGAAGAAUUAGGAAUGGUUGACAAUAAUUCGACCAUAGGUCCAAUAUUUUUAUGUGGAAAAAAGAACAAUGAUGACUUCGAUUUGCCUGAUGAAAUCAUCAUUGAAAAUUAUUUGAAUUCUUUUAGCGAAGAUCCAUAUGACGAUACAUAUUCACGCGCAUUAAUGGAAACGGAAAUUCAAACUGGUCUCGCCAAAUCCUUCACAUGCCUCCGUCAAAAAAAAUAUGAACUCGUUGAGGAGGCAUGUAAAGAAGAAUUGGCGAAGAAAAAAAAUAAAAAUAAGAAGAAAAGGUUGAUGAGAAAAAUUCGAAGAACAUUGGCAUUAAAUCUUCUUGGUACUUUUGCCAUACUACGGGGAGAUUAUGUGACUGCAAUUGAACAUCUCACUACUGUUGUAGAAACAUCAAGUGCUUCUAAAAAGUUGGUGAUAAAUUCAUUAAUCAAGAGAUCUUCAAUUUUGUAUCAACGAAGACAAUUUAAAGAAUCUCUUGAUGAUUUACAACUAGCAGAAAAUUAUAUUCAUGAGAUCAAGCGAUCAGAUGAAAUAUUUAAUACCAUUUAAUUAUAAUUGCAUGAGGU